AUGGAAACAGAGUGAACAGGUGUCACAUCUUUUUUGGAGGCUGUAGAAGGCAUCAGAUUUACUCCACCUGCAAAUCAUAUCUGGAAACAAAACUAUAAGAGAUUUUAAAUCUAAGGAACAACCAUUUACACUGAGAAUAAGAAGAUUCAAAGGCAUGGAUAAAGGGCUUAUCCUCUGUGUGCUGCUGGUGACUCUGUCAUGGAAGUUUUUGGGUACCUACGCUAUGACCAACACAACAAACAAUGCGACAAGUUCAAGCAAUACUUCAGCAACAGCAACUAGCAACAUGACAAAUCAUGGCAAUGCUUCGGCAACACCAACUGGCAACAUGACAGAGACAGGAAACAUGACAAAUCACAGCAAUAUGACCACAAUGCCACCUGGCAACAUGACGACAAUGACAGGAAACAUGACAAAUCCUGGCAAUACUUCGACAACACCAACCGGCAACAUGACAGAGACAGGAAACAUGACAAAUCACAGCAAUAUGACCACAAUGCCACCUGGCAACAUGGCGACAAUGACAGGAAACAUGACAAAUCCUGGCAAUACUUCGACAACACCAACCGGCAACAUGAACAACACCCAAGCUGAAAAUACAACCGUAUCAACACAAGCUCCACCUUUAGUAACAAACACCUCAGUGGCACCUCUGCAGGAAAACCUUGUUAAUACGGAUUGUGGAAAAACGCAGCUGUGUGCAGCUGAGCCCGCAAGCUGUGAUCCCGGGAAUGGACGGUGCUUCUUUCUUGGUGCCAGACGGCAAAGUGGUAACAACUUUAACUUUGAUCUCUCAGGAGAAUCAGCAGGCUACAUUGCAGCCACUCUGUCGGGUGGUGGCCCAGAGGGAGACCCAACAUAUGUUUGUGCAAACAGCAGGAGUAGUGUUCGAUUCUUUACUACUCGCCGUGUAAAUGGUAUAUUGAAAGUUUCAAAUCUCAGUGUUAACUCAGUAAGGGGCAAGGUUGAAGGCAACAGAAUUCAGUGCCGCUUUCUUGCCACAGUCCCAGUGACAAGUAGGCGUGCUCGUGCAACCGGCAUCUCGCUUUCAGUUUCGACAGGAGAGUUUAAUGACACCGACAAUAGUCUGGGGGCCCCCACUGAUAUAAUAAGGACCUCACCCGUAGACCUGGGAAAUCCUAAUGCCACUGUCACCAACGAGAUUACCGCCAACACAACUUCAACAGUAAACAUCCCCGGACUUCAGGGAACUAUUACUCGGAAUGAUUGUGGUUCCGCAAAGCUCUGUGCGGAUAGACCCACAGAUUGUGAUCCUUCUACAGGAGACAAUUGUUUUUUCCUUUCGGCCAAGGAACGAAGCAGCCAAACAUUUGAUUUUGAACUGUCAGGACAGUCUGACGGCUACAUUGCUGCUGGCCUCUCAACUGCUGAAAGUCAGGCUGGCUCUCACAGAGCCUAUAUUUGUGCAAACAACAAUGGUUCUGUCCGUUUCUUCACUGCCACCAUUGAUAAUUUUGAACUAAAUACAACAGUGUCACUGGACUCAAGCAAUGAGCGAGGCUCGUUCGCCAGUGGUAAAAUCCAGUGUACUUUUACCGCUGAGCUACCAGACACAAGUGCACGAGCAGAAGCAACUUACUCUUUGUCUGUUUCAACUGGAUCCUUCAACGCUAGUUCUUUGGCAUUUGGAAGAGCAACCUUUGCCAUACUGACAUCUCGGGUAAACCUCUCGGACCCCAGCGCCAACAUCACCAAUUUGCUCACCACCAACACUACUAACGCCUCUGCUCAUCCUGUGACAGCCACACUGUCAUUCUUGCCAGCUCUGAUGGUUACCAUUUGUAUGCUGGCUUUCACAGCAAUGUGAAGAAUCAAUGUUAGAUGAUAGAAUGUCAGAUUUUCUAAUGACUUUUGAUUUAAAACACAAUAGAAAUAUCUUUUAAAUCUAAGCUACAAUUUAAUUUGAUUACUUAAUCAUAGCAUAAAUGUAAGAAUACUUUAAUGCGUGCAACACUGAAGUACAAUUUAUUACCAUGUACCGUUAAACUUGCUGGUGAGUUGACGGAAACGGGGUGGUGGUUUUUGUGAGAGGCUUAAGGUUUCAACGAUUUUUGACCCUCUAAAGUCUUGUUACUGGUUUGUUUUAAAAUAUUUUAUUUUUCUGGUCAUAUCAUAAUUGAAAACGAUGUCAUCAAAAUAUUCUUUGUUAAAAUGUAACAAUUUGAAGGCACUUAAAUUAUGAAACUUUCACUGGCCAAUGUUAUAUGAAGACAAGGUGCAAAUGGGAUGAAAAAAUGCUACAUGUGAUACAAGUAUUGUUAAAUGAGUAGUUUAGACUUUUUGCACUGGUUAUCUGCUAUUUUUGUAAGAUUUGUUGUUUCUUUGCCAAAAAUAAAUAUGUUUUUAUUCAAAA